AUGGUGGACAUUGAAGAUGCCAAACAUCAUUAUGGUUUAUGUCAUGCCUGUUGGGAUCACAUUGGUGAGCUGGAAUUAGGUGGUCUCCUGCAUAUGGUUAUUCCUAGUUCAAACGAAACAUUAGGAGUAUUGAUACUAAAAUCUCCCGGAUUUUUCCCACAAGCUUAUUGGUAUUGGAUUGGAGUUGGAGCUUUGAUUGGUUAUGUUUUUCUAUUUAACUUUUUCUUCGCCUUGGCUUUGCAUUAUCUCAGUCCAUUCAGAUAG